ACCAGGAAACAAGAACUCUUAAAUCAUGGCAGGGAAACCAAAGCUGCAUUAUACCAAGGGAAGAGGGAAGAUGGAGUCAAUCCGAUGGCUGUUAGCAGCAGCUGGGGUUGAGUUUGAGGAAGAAUUUAUAGAAAAGAAGGAAGACCUAGACAAAUUACUGAAAGGUGGAGUCCUGAUGUUCCAGCAAGUGCCCAUGGUGGAGAUUGAUGGGAUGAAGAUGGUGCAGACCAGAGCAAUCCUCAGCUACAUUGCAGGGAAAUACAACCUCUAUGGAAAAGACCUGAAAGAGAGAGCCUGGAUUGAUAUGUAUGUGGAGGGAACAACAGACCUGAUGGGAAUGAUCAUGGUCAUCCCUCUUCAAGCAGCUGAUGCAAAAGAAAAGCAGCUUGCCUUAAUCAUUGAACGAGCUACAACCAGGUACUUCCCUGUAUAUGAAAAGGCCUUAAAAGACCAUGGGCAUGAUUAUCUUGUUGGCAACAAAUUAAGCUGGGCAGACAUCCAGCUGCUGGAAGCCAUAUUAAUGACAGAAGAAUGUAAGCCUGAUAUACUGUCUGCAUUCCCUCUGCUGCAGGCUUUUAAAGGAAGAAUAAGCAACAUUCCGACAAUCAAGAAGUUCUUGCAGCCUGGCAGCCAGAGGAAGCCGCCACCAGAUGACAAGUAUAUUGCUUCUGUGAGGAAGAUAUUCAAUAUCUAAUCAUGUCGCUGCUGAAGAUAACACAACUAUAGUAUAUUGUCAGAGCUGUGCCUUAUCAGAGUAAACUGCAUAGAU